AGGUGGAGCUGGCCAGAGCCUCCAGAAGAGGAAUGAGUGCGAGCGGCUCUAGUUCUGGUGGCAUUGUAGCAGCGCUGUUAGGCGCAAACGCAGUGCCGGUCGCCUUUGACGGCCAGCGCGUUGGCUCUUUCAUGGGCGUCUGAGUCUCGUGGUACGCCAGGCGCUUGAGGAUAUCGACGUCUGAAUUCGAAUCGGUUGACACGAUGAAAGGAUUCAUCCUGGAACAGCUGACCGAUUUGUCUGAUUUCACGAGAAGUGGUGACUUGCUGGAAGUUCUAAAUCCGAUCGAAGGGAACUACCAGGUAUGGGAUUUGGUACGUGUCAGUCCAGACGAGCGACAUAUUCAUGUCCUGCUUCCCGGGGGCCUGCGGACCUUCGACAGAGUUUCAAGAGCGCACCCAUUGCCCAAAGCGUGCGGUAGUAACCUAGAUCUGACGAACAGGCCGGCGCCGGUGCUGGAGCUGCUCUAUUUAGAUAUCGGCAUCAAAGGAAGUGCGGCGUUGGUCGCGGUGGUCCUGCAGAAUGGGAGAGUGGAGUUUUGGAACUACAGCGAACAAAAGGGCGGCUGGGAUUUGCUACAGACGUCGGAGCUAUGCGACAGCUCCAAAGCCAAGGUGGUGUCGGUGUGUCACAGUGGACGGUUGCUGGUUUGGUGCGAGGAGAGACGGACUCCCGAAUGCACUCUCUUACGGUACUGCGUGUGCUGGCGUUCAUAUGAGGUGGAAGAGCGGAGCGUCCAUUUAGGGGGGGCUACGAUCGCCUUGUUCAACUGCCCCAUCUUCAGCGUGCUUGCUUCGGGGGACUUGAUUUAUAUGUUGCCUUGUAAAAACGACUCACUUCAAAAUGUCUCCAAGUUUUUCUUGACAUUGUACACUAAGCAUGACAGAAUAGCCGUCUGCAGUCUGGACAAAGGGGAGUUGAUAAGCAGGCAUGUGGGCAAGUACAACCAGUACGAUUUUAAAAAACUUAUGAGGGAUUGCAUUGGCGUCCUGGCAGCAAGCAGCCCACCGCAAAUACGUGGAGUGUGCCCCACGGGCUCCGCGGGGCUCAUCUUGGCUCUUGGCUCUGGAAAUAUAAGUCUUCUGGAGAAGAACACAGUUGUAAGGCAGAUCUUCAGUAUGGAUGACAAUCAUUCAGUUUCCAUCAUGCAGGUUUAUGGUCCUUUUCUUGCAUUUAUUGCAGGCAGGACUUUGUACAUCCUUGAUAUAAUUUGUGGCCUGCUGUUAGAGAAGAUCACACUGAAAACUGACGCCAUGCUAAGCAGAAAUGCUGCAGCUGAGACGACAAUCCAUCUUUUUUCAGGAACUGGCCUGUACUCGGUGAAGGUGACGCAUCAAGAGCCAAGUGCCAUCAAGCCAGACACCGUCCUGGCCGAGUUUGUCUUCGAAGAGGCUUGUAAGUAUUACCAGAGAAGAAGCCUGAGCAGCACGCAGCUGACUGUUGAAAAGUUAAAAAACGGCGGCAUGUUCCAAGCACCUAUUGCUUUGUCUUCUAUUAUAGGAAACUAUUUACAAGGCAGGAAUGGCAUCGAUUUAAAGCCUGAAAAAAGCAACAAUUCCAGACUGUUGGCAUCCCUAGACACAGAGCUAAAGAGCCUAGUGGCACUGGAGGAGCUCAAGUCACAGGUGGUGGCCGCCUCUGAAGCAGAACUGGCCAGCUAUUGUGGGACUUUGGUGGAGCAGGAGAUUAGGCGUCUUCUGUAUUCUGACAUGGAAGCAGAUAAUCUUCUAUAUCUGAACUACAUUUUUAGAACAUUUUCUUCUGAAUUCUGGCAAGCCUUGCAGAGUCUCUUCCAAUUCCAUUGUAACAGGGAGGUCUCACUUUCUACUGGGGUGCCCCCAGAGGUGUGGAAGACAGUUUUAUGCCCAGCUGCUAUAUCUGUGAACAAUGGACAGCAGCAACAUCAGCCUUUGCCAGUGUUUGAGCUGAUUUGCCAUUCACUUUUCAGAUUCCAACCCAAGUGGCUUCCUAAAUUUGUGGAACUGGCACAGCAGCAAUCAGGCACCACCUCCUGGAAAGACAAUCCUGAAAAUACACCCCUCUAUAAACGUGCCUUGGCUCUCCUGCCCAACCGAGGAGAAAAACUAGGAUUGGAAGUGGAGCUCCUGCUUUGCAGCCAGCGUCCCAAUGCCAUCAUGCAAGCUUUCCGCAUCCUGAUUGAACAGCGGCAAUGGGAGCAGGUGACAAACGUUGCAAAGCACUUUAGUCAGCAAAGUCCACUUCUCAAUAAGGAGAUUUUCACCACCAUUUUGAGUGAGGUUUCCCAGCAUAGAGACUUAGACCCUUACUUGGAUUUAUUAUGGAGCUUAUGCCCCGAAGAUAUGACUGUCACCAGCAUCCUCAAUAUUGUUCUGAAAAGCCUACCACCCUCUGACAAGCAACCUGAGCCAUUUUUACCCAGUGGUCAUGGUGCUAGUCAGAUGACCGUAGGUGUGUUGAAACCACUGCUAGACAAAGUACUUCAGAGGGAGACUAAGCCACGAGAAGGGUAUGCGGACAUCCUCCACGCAUCAGGCUUCCCUCCUCCAACCCCACCGCGAGUGCGAAAAGGGAUACCAAGCAGUGUUGCUGAAUCCGAAGCACAUCCCCAAACUUCUGAACCUGUGUUCAAGCUGCAACCAGCCAAUUUACCAGCAGAGAAUGGUUUUGUAUUCCUUUGAGGAAACAUGCAAGUGCCACCUCUGUCAGAUGUUCCCCGCUAGACCAAUCUUACAGAGACCUAAAGCUUGCUUGCACACAUCAGCCGAUUUCUUAUUCAGUGUACUUUUCGCUAUGCACCAGGGGUCAGCUGUAAUGUGUAUAUUAACAAGUGAGAAGUUAUGGUUUUAAUCACAGUUGAAUUUCUGAACAAUUCUGUUUAAAAAUCUUAAGAUCGUUGUCUUAGUAUGUUCAUAGCAUGUGUAUAACAACUGCUAAACCAGCAUGAAACAGUUUUGCACUGGAGAAAAGUGUAAAACCAAAGAUGUGUUGUUGCCUCCACCCAAAUACUGGCAUCGAGAGAAACUUGUGCACUGGUCAGACGUGAACAUCCCAGUUUGGUGCUACUUUUGGCAAUGGCUUGUGGGUAGGGAAUGCUGUGUGUGUAUGGUAUGUGUUUUGUUUUUUUUUACUUUUUGAGUAUUUGUGUAUUCAGUGUCACUCUUUUUAUGUUUAUUCAGCACUCUUAAGAGGGCAGUGCAUUGGUAUUUGUAUUUCCUGGGCCUUUAUUCUCAGGUUUAUGCUAAUGUUGAGUCUUUUACAAGCACAUACCAAAUACAAAGGAGACUUUCAGUGAAAUGGGUAAAAAAUUACCAAAUUUAUGAAAUGGUAGCACAUAGAAAAGAAAAUUGUAGUGAAACAUGAAUAACAAUUGUGGUACGCAGUGCUCCAUUAAGGCUUCCUGAGUGCAAACUCGCCAAAUCAACUGACACUGCUUCUCAGUCUCAUACACUGGUGAAUGUGCUUAUAAAGUGCUCAGCCCUGGGAAAACUCGGCAUCACUCAUGGGUAAGCUUCAGAAUAUCAGUGGACGGCAUGCAUUCAAUAAAAGGAUACUUUGGA